AUGCUUAUAGGGAAGCCAGUUUGGGAUUUCAAUCCUGAAACCACCACAGAAGAACUUCUAAGAAAGAUUGCUCAUGAAUUGAUGAAAAUUCCUCCUGAUGAUUUGAUAGCAGAGAAUUGGCAGACUUUUCAGAUGCGGAAGGGGCGGCAGACUCCACUGACAGUGAAUUCAGUACUGGAAGAAAUAAGGCCAUACCUUGUUGGGGCAGCAGGAGGAUCUCUUGAACUAGUGGCAAUUGAGGAACCAAUAGUUAAAGUCCGAUUAACAGGGCCAGCAGCUGGGGUCAUGACUGUACGAGUGGCUGUCACCCAGAAAUUACGCGAGAAAAUUCCAGCCAUUGCUGCAGUUCAGCUCCUAUGA